UUCUUUCUCAAUGCUUUAAAUUCAUUCCCAUCGGUUACAUUUUCUUUUCAAAACCUUUUGACACACUCUCUCAUCAUAUAUAUAAAUUUAUACACUCUCUUCAUAGUGUAUAACAUUCAUAGCACAAUAACAAAGGUGCAAUAGAGAGUGAACUUGAUCAGAAGGAGUAAUGGAGUAUCAUAGUGGAGGAAGUGGGUCCCCUGGUGAUCAUCAUCAUCAUCACCAUGGUGGUUCUUCUGAAUCUCAGAGGAGAAAGAAACGUUACCACCGUCACACUGCUAAUCAGAUUCAAAGGCUUGAAUCCAUGUUUAAGGAUUGUCCACAUCCUGAUGAAAAACAAAGGUUGCAGUUAAGCAGAGAAUUAGCCUUGGCUCCUAGACAGAUCAAGUUUUGGUUUCAGAACAGAAGGACUCAGAUGAAGGCACAACAUGAAAGAGCUGAUAAUUGUACCCUAAGGGCAGAGAAUGAUAAAAUAAGAUGUGAGAAUAUAGCUAUAAGGGAAGCCCUUAAAAAUAUCAUCUGCCCCUCUUGUGGUGGUCCUCCAAUCAAUGAUGAUUGUUAUUUUGAUGAACAAAAGUUGAGAAUUGAAAAUGCUCAACUCAAAGAAGAGCUUGAUAGAGUAUCUAGCAUUGCUGCAAAAUACAUUGGAAGACCAAUUUCACAGCUUCCACCAGUUUCACCAAUUCAUAUGUCAUCAUUGGAUUUAUCUAUGGGAAAUUUUGGUGGACAAGGAAUGAUUGGAGGGCCUUCACUUGAUCUUGAUCUUCUACCAGGAAGUUCAUCAAACAUGCCGAUGAUUCCUUACCAGCCUGCUUGUCUUUCCGAUCUCGAAAAGUCGCACAUGUCUGACCUUGCUACAAGUGCCAUGGGUGAACUGGUUAGGCUUUUGCAGACUGAUGAGCCUCUGUGGAUGAAAUCAAACACGGGUGGAAAAGAUGUUCUUAACCUUGAAGCCUAUGCUAUGAUGUUCGAUAAGACUGGUAAUCGGUUGAAGAAUCCGAAUAUUCGGAUUGAAGCUUCUAGGGAUUCUGGUGUUGUGAUCAUGAAUAGUUUAACUCUGGUUGAAAUGUUUAUGGAUCCGAACAAGUGGAUGGAGCUAUUUCCUACUAUUGUGACAAUGGCGAAGACAAUCGAAAAUAUUGUUCCUGGAAUGAUGGGUGGACAUAGUGGUUCUUUGCAAUUGAUGUAUGAAGAGAUGCAAGUGCUUUCACCAUUUGUUCCUAUUAGAGAAUUCUACUUUCUGCGUCACUGUCAACAAAUUGAGCAAGGUUUAUGGGCUAUUGUUGAUGUUUCCUAUGAUUUUCCUAAUGACAACCAAUUCGAUUCACAAUUUCGAUGCCAUCGUCUUCCGUCCGGUUGCUUCAUUCGAGACAUGCCUAAUGGAUAUUCCAAGGUUACUUGGAUUGAACAUGUUGAGAUUGAAGACAAAAAUCCACUUCAUAGGCUUUAUAGAAAUGUUAUCUAUAGCGGUGUCGCAUUUGGAGCUGAAAGAUGGCUCACUACACUUCAAAGAAUGUGCGAAAGGCUUGCCUGUCUCAUGGUGUCUGCCAAUUCUACUCGCGAUCUCAGCGGAGUGAUUCCAUCGCCGGAGGGAAAGCGGAGCAUGAUGAAACUAGCACAAAGGAUGGUAACAAAUUUCUGUGCAAGUAUAAGUGCAUCAGCUAGCCAUAGAUGGACCACACUUUCUUCUGCGAAUGAGAUCGGAGUCAGAGUUACUGUUAGAAAGAGUACAGAUCCUGGUCAGCCUAAUGGUAUUGUGCUAAGUGCUGCUACUACUAUUUGGUUACCUAUUCCUCCACAAACUGUUUUCAGUUUCUUCAAAGAUGAAAGGAAAAGACCUCAGUGGGAUGUUCUUUCCCAUGGUAAUGCUGUUCAAGAAGUUGCUCAUAUAGCAAAUGGUUCACACCCUGGUAACUGCAUUUCUGUACUUAGGGCCUUUAACACAAGUCAGAACAACAUGCUGAUUCUUCAAGAAAGUUGUGUGGACUCAUCAGGUUCACUAGUAGUCUACUGUCCGGUUGAUUUACCAGCUAUACACAUAGCAAUGAGCGGCGAAGACCCGUCCUACAUUCCAUUACUCCCGUCCGGUUUCACAAUUACAUCCGACGGAAACCAAACCGAUAACACCAACACCAACAACAAUAAUAACAAUAUUCAAGGAGGAAGUGGUAGUAAUAAUGGUAAUAAUAAUGGCGACGGAGCCUCAACGAGCUCGAACACAAACAUAGGAAAUAAUAGCGGAGGAUCAUUGAUAACAGUUGCAUUUCAAAUAAUGGUAAGCAGUUUACCAUCUGCAAAACUUAACAUGGAGUCUGUUGCAACUGUGAAUGGACUUAUUGGUGAGACUGUCCAACACAUAAAAGCUGCUUUGAAUUGCCCUAGUUCUUGAUGAAAAUAUUUAUAAUAUUCUUAAAUAUGGUUUCAGAACCUGAGAGAGAAAAGAGAGAGAGUUUUUAUUUGUUGCUGUUGGUGGUAGUAGUAAUCAAUAUCAAGUUUUUUAGUUAGUUGAGAGACUUGAAUGCUUUCUCAUCAAAGACAUUCAUCACAAAAAGACUCGUUAUAAAUUAUGUACUGCUCUUUUGCUGUUGCUGUUGAUGUUGCUCCUGCGAGACCUGUAUUUUGGUUGAUAAAAAAUUUUCACACCAACAACUAUCAUUUUUUUUUUGUGGGUUUUAGGGUUUGGAUUAAACUAAAGUACUAGUGAGUUUUAAGAAGGAGUCAAGAACGCACCAUAGUUGGUUAUUUGCUAGUCUAGAAACUUAGAUAAGGCAUGAAAAUUGUGUAUGGUUCGGGCAUUGACUUCUUGUGGCAGAGACUUUAAUAUUCAUGAAUGACAUUUGGUUGUAAUAA